AUGGCAACAUCAUCGAUAAUUAUGUUGAGUAAUGUAUCAAUGGAACGUCUUUAUUUAUCUCAGCCACCAGCAUGGAAUGAAUUACAACGUUUAUCAUUUGCUCCAAAUCAACAACAACAACAACAACAACAAGAUGGUCAUUCAAAUCAACAACUUAUUCGUAUAUGUUACGAUAAACUUCUCCAUCAUAUGUAUGAUAUUAAUUCUUCAUCAACAACAACAAUCAAUCAAAUCAAUGAACAAUUAGAAUUAUCUGCUGAAUAUUGUCAAUUAAAAACUUUACGAGUUGAUGGAAAUACAGUUUAUCUUCAUUCCGAACAAUUUUAUUCAGAAAUUAAAUUUGAUCCUUUAACACAUUUACCAAUUAAUGUUUCAAUUUCAUUUACAAAUGAUCAACAAGCAAAUGAAGAACGUUAUACAUGUCCACGUAUGUUAAAAGCAUUAAAUGAAAAACAAUAUAAAUUAUUUCGCGAACAUUUAAAUGGUUAUGCAAGUUUAUUUACAUUAACAGCACCAACUAUGAAUAACGAUAAAAGAAUUGGUUAUACAGCCUAUAAAAUUCUGCAACAAGAUUUAGAACGUUUAGCUAAAACAGAAACGUAUGGAAAAUUAUUAGAAGGUUUUCAAUCAAUGUCUGAAGGAUUACCAAUGAGAAUUAGUUUUAAUGAUCAACAUUCUAAUAAUUCUUCAUUACCAAAUAAUGUUCGUAUAAUAUUAAUUCCAAGUACAACUCAACAUUCUUUACCAAUGAAAUCUAGUAUACAUAUUGAUGAAAAAACAAAUACAAUUCAUUUAGAAUCAUCAUCAAAAUCUAAUCUUGUAGCUACAGGUCAUUUUGCUCUUGAAUUUGAUUCAGAUCAUUCACCAUUUACAUUCCUUGUAAAUUAUGCUCAAGAAAUCAAUCGUUUAACAACUAUAAAUUCAUUUCUUUCAAAUUCAAAACCAUUUAAUUAUCUCUCAAGCAUAUUACCAAAAACAAAAUUACUUCAUCAAUAUCAAUGGUAUAUAUCACAUGAUCAAUUAGCAAUAUCAAUUCGUCAAAUUCCAUUUACAAAUAUAAAACAACUUAUAAAUAUUUUAAAUUUAAUUCAUCAACAAAUUUAUUUAACAAAAUCAUUAAAUUAUUAUUUUAAUAAUGAUUAUGAUCAUGAACAACAUAUGGAUGAUGAUAAUAAUGAUAUAUCACUUGAAUUAUCAUUUUUAUCUUCAACAAUUCUAUCAAUAACAUGUGCACAAACAUAUAAUUUAUCAACAUUUUUACUUCAAAUGUCAAAUAUAAAUACAUUACCAUUAUUAAUUAAUCGACAACAACAAAAAGAAAUUUAUUUAACAAAUGAUAAAGAUUCAUUAUUAAAAUUAAUUGAAAAACUUCUUAAAGAAGAUAAUACAAAUCAAUAUUUAUUAUCAACAAAUAUUGAUUCUAAACAAACCAAUCAAUUACAACAAGAAUCGAAUCCUUCCAUAAAUCUUCCAAAAUUUAAUCGACGUUUAUCAUGUGGUCCACCUGCUAAACCAACAUGGAGACGAGCAACAACACUUCGUCGAAAUCAACCAGCAUGUUUAACAUUAACAACAACAGAACAAAUUCAAGAAAAAAUUGAUGAUGACCAAUUAAUCGAUGAUGAUAUUAAUCAAAAUAUAACAAAUGAUGAUUUUCCUGAUGAUGAUGAUGCAUUUAUGCCAUCACCUCAACAGCAACAGCAACAGCAACAACAACAACCGAAUCAACAACAUUUGCAUCAACUAUUAUUACCAAAACCAUCAUUAAGUUUUCAUUCAUCUGUAUUAAGUCGUUGUGGAUCAGUUUCAUCAACACAAUCUGUUUCAACACCACCAAUAUUUGGUUUAUCACCAUCAACACCUUAUCCAGGUGCAACAACGAAUCCAAAUGGAAAUAUAUUUUUUCCAUUAGGUAAACAAGUAUCUGUACCAGAAUAUAGUCCAGUUACUUCACCAAUUACAAUGGGAACAUUUGAUCCAUUAGCUUUCUUACCAGCAAAUCCAACAACAUCAUUGAAUCUUAUGUUACCAACAGAUACAAAUAAUAAAGUAUCACAAAAAAAGAAACGACGUAGAUCAGAACAAUCAAAUGAUGAUUUUAUAGCAGCAUUAAAUAAUAAUCCUAAUGAUAAUCGAUCACCAAUGCAUGCAACAAAAUUAACAUCAUCUGGAGGUGAUCCAACUAGUGUAAAACGAGGUAAAAAACCAAUGGAUAAAAAUGCUCAACAACAAGCACAACAACUUGUUCGACAAAAAUCCGCAUUUAAAGUAACUGAUUCACCAACAACGACUUUACUUUCUCAACAAUCAGUUACAUCACCAGAUGAUACAUCAAAUGAAUUAAAACCAUUAAAAGUUGUUAUUAAACGUGUUGGUGAUAGUGGAAAUUCAUCAAAUGAUGAAGCUCAACAACAACAAACUAUGAAACAACGAAAAAAACAGCAACAACUAGCAAAUGCUGCUGGAGGUCUACCAGCAACUAUGAGAAAAUUACCAAGUAAUAAUUCAGCAGGUGGAUCAUCACCAUCUGUUUUGAUUAAAAGUGAAAGUAUGGAUAUGUCACAAUUGAAUACAGAUCCAAACUCAAUGAUGACAAUGGGUGAUGGUAUACAGCAAUCACCGCGUGAACGACCACGUCCAUCAUCAUCUCUAUCAAAUCCAUCAACAUCUCUUUCAGCAGCAACAUCUCAACCACGAUCAGUUCCACCUCAACCACCGAUUGUUUUAAAAAUUCAACGAAGUAAAGUUUAUCCUGGACAAGAUCAAUCAUCUUCAUCAUCAACAACAACAGUAACAUCAGCACCAAUGACGUCAAAUACUAUUCCAUCUUCAAUUAAAGAAGCAAUUAAACAUCGUGCUCGAUCAAUGCCAUCGGCAGCAAAUACAAAUAAACCACAUGUAACAUCUCCACCUCUUCUUGCAUCUAAACUUACAAGUCCAUCAACUGGAACAAUCAAUAAUCCAAUACAACAACAAUCAUCUGUAACUUCAUUAUUUCGUAUUCCAAGAAAAUCAUCAGCACAAGAAGUAACUGCAAAACCAAAGACUGAACCUGGUCUUAUUCCUAAUAAUAAUAACAAUAAUAAUAAUAAUAAUAAUAAUUCAACUCUUAAUCUAUCAAAGACUCCAUUAUUACCAACACCAAGUAUUCGUCCAUCACCACCACCACCACCACCACCAUCAUCAUCAUCAUCACAAAUCGGUAGUUGGCAAUCACCACCGACUCAACAACCAUCACGUUUUCAUCAAAAUCGACCACGUCCUGCAUGGUCACAACAACAACAACAGCAACAAGGACCACGUGGAAGAACACCUGUUACACCACCAAAUGUAGCAGCACUUACAAAUAAUCAUCCAUCAUUAUCAAAUUUUUCUCAACAACCACGAUCAAUUCUCAAAAAACCACCAUCCAAUGAAAAUUCAGGAUCAGAUAUGCUUUAUAUGCCUUCAUCUGAAUUACCUGGUUUAAAUGAACAACGAUCUGGUAUAAAUUUUGCAGCACCUCAACCACCACCUCGUACAACAACACCACCUGGCAUGUACGAUGAUAAUGAUGAUGAUUCAUCACCACAAGCACAAUUAGUCAUUGAUACAAGUAGUCAUCCAACAAAUAACGCACUUUUACCAUAUACAAUUGUACCUGGUUCAAGUUCAUCAGGUAUGGAUAAUUUCGAUCAAACACAUGAGAAUAAUUCAAUGAUGAAUUCAAAUCAACAACAAAUGGGCGAUGAAUCAUUAUCUAAUCUAGACUGA